AAUCCAUUCUGCAACAUAUCACGUGAUCUUCGUCGUAUGUCUUGUAAUGCGCCGAAUUCUGCAUCUCCCUUUACCUAUGACCCACGAACAAGAUAGAUUGGCUAUUUGGCAUGAUAUUUGCAUAAAGAGCUUCAACCAAGAGCCGGUUGAAGUAGACUUUGUUAAGCAUGUACUUUUUGAACAUAAAACAACAGAAAAUAGCUGUACAUGGAAAACACAUCGUAAAGAAUUCCAACAUUACUUUAAACAGCUUGACUUUGUUACUACUGACAAUAUGACAUUCACUUUGUCGGCAGAUGAGCUUACUUUACUUCGACAAGAAAGAGACAAGACACGAUCUUAUUGGCAUUUUCAUCACCGUGUGCAAGCAAGAAGACAGAUUGCCAAUCUUGUUCAUCAGAUGAAAUCCCCUCUUGACAUGACUCAAGCAGAACGCAUACAGAGCGUAAAAGAGUUUGUCGACACUUUUGGACGCGAUGUUACAGCUCGCUCCUUGUUUUGUGGACUAAGUCGUCUGUUGUAUUAUCAGCUAAACAACAAAUACGUGGUUGAAUGGAAUGCGCCUGAAGCUAUUUUUGUCGAUAACGACGAAAGCAAGUUGCCAGCGUACAUUCGAUUCUUGUCUAGUAUUCUAGGCAUUGACAUUGUUUGUCAAGAUCAAGACCCAUACAGUGAUAUACCCGCUGCUCCUCUUACGUCUGACUACAACACUAUGAUGUCUGCACAGCAUGAAUACAGCUAUCAACUGAGAAUGAGUGCAUAUAUCGCAGACCAGUUUAUCAAAAAGGUUUUGUAUUACAUUCCAAAAGACUUGCGUGCAAAAGACAUGAAUCAAGAAUUACAUGUGACAGACAUGCUUCGUCUACAGCAACAACGUAAGACGCUAUGUCAACGCAUUCUAGAUUUUCUAAAGCGCUUCUUCUCAUUCUUCAAAAGACAUUAAAAUAUAGCAAAAAAGUGCAUACAUUUCACAA